GUUUGGUCCUGUUUGCAGUUCAGAGCCUGAGUCUGACCUUUCUGAAUCAUGGGCUGGAUGGAUAAUGCUGCAUGACUCUGAUCCUUUGCUGCCCUCGUCUGGCUUUCUGCUUCAUUCAGCUCUGCAGGGAGAGACCAUUCGAGUAUCUAAUGCUGUGUCAGCAUUUCAGGGUGGGGACAGUAGUGCCCAUGCUAUGGAACAAGCUGUAAAUUCACAGCCAGUGCCAUUAGAAUCUGUAUCUAAUACUGACAACAUGGAAAACAGUUCUCCUGCAUCAGUUUUGGAUGAGAAAGGUGAACAAAGCAAUGAGGAAGAACAAAAAAAUAUCAAGCCUACAAGUAAAGAGUUCAGGAAAACCUGGGGCUUUCGGAGGACUACAAUUGCUAAGCGAGAGAGUGCUGGAGACGCUGAUGUGGACUCUAGUGAACAGCAGCCACAGCAGCAGCAGAGCUUGAACCUCAGGCGUAGUGGCCGGCAACCAAAGCGAACAGAAAGAGUGGAAGAGUUUCUUACAACAGUAAGACGCAGAGGAAGGAGGAUUGUUCCUACUGUUCUAGAGGAGUCAGGUGAAGCAGCAUCCUGUCCAGCCACAGAUGCUGAAACUGCUUCAGAAGACAGUGUUGAGAGCACUCCAGAUACAAAACCUGUGACUCGGCGGAUUGUCACCAGGAGUAGCAAGGAACAGAAAGACUCUAAAAGCAGACUGGCAAAAGAGGAGGAGGAGGACGAAGAAGAGGAAGAAGAAGCAGAGGAGGGAGAGGAAGAUCAUACUUCAGAUAGCGACAGUGAUGGGUUAACACUCAAGGAAUUGCAGAAUCGACUAAGAAAGAAACAAGUUGAAGAGAAACCUGUGCAGCUGAUCCUGAAGGAUGUACAGAACCGUGUGAGGAAAGGAAGCUCGGAACAAGAUCCUACAGAAACAGGUGAUGCCCAGCCUGAAAAACAAGCUGAGUUUGAGCUGCCUGUCAAACAAGAGCCUGAGACUGCAGACAGCACCGAGAUUGCAAGUCAAGUGGUUGUGUCUGAGGAAGACAUUAAAGAUUUUCAGGUUCAGGAGGCAGCCAAGCCAGUCCUUGGCACAAAAGGGAUCACAGAUGAAGAACCUGAAGAGGUGCCCAAAAGCAAACCUGAGUCUGAGAUUUAUGACCCAAAUGCACUGUACUGUAUCUGUCGUCAGCCUCAUAACAACAGGUUUAUGAUUUGCUGUGAUAGAUGUGAGGAAUGGUUUCAUGGUGACUGCGUGGGUAUUUCUGAGGCUCGAGGGCGAUUGUUGGAAAGGAAUGGUGAGGACUAUAUCUGUCCAAACUGCACCAUUCUCCAGGGACAGGAUGAGCCUGUUUCAGAAGCAGACCAGCAGGAAGCUAAAGCAGGGCAAGUAAAUGUGGAUGGCACAGAAUUCACAAGCAUAGGAACAGUUGAACAAAAAUCUGUGGAGGACCAAGGAAUCAAGGGUAGGAUUGAAAAAGCUGCAAAUCCAAGUGGGAAGAAAAAACUAAAGAUAUUUCAACCUGUGAUUGAAGCUCCCGGUGCAUCCAAGUGCAUUGGCCCUGGCUGUUUCAAUCUGGCUCAGCCUGACUCUGUGUAUUGCAGCAACGACUGCAUUCUCAAACAUGCUGCAGCCACUAUGAAGUUUUUAAGUGCUGGCAAAGAUGCAAAAGCAAAACCUAAAGAGAAGAGCAAACCAAAAUCUGAAAAACCUGGCAUGCCAAAAUCUCAGCUGCAGGCAGGUUCUAAGCCUCUGUCAAACCAAAAGAGAAAUCUUCCUGAGAAAAGAGAGAUCAGUGUGAAGAAGACUGUUUUGCCAGCUGCCAAGACUGAGGCAAACACUCAAGCUUUUGCUAGAGAGCCAGCAGCAGAGCACAGCACACCGUCCUGGGCAAGCGAUCAUAAUUACAAUGCUGUAAAGCCUGAAAGGACUGCUGCCAUUUCAUCUUCACUGUUGUUCAAAUCUCAAAGGGAAGAGAGAAGAAAUGAGGACUCCACAUCAGCAUCAAAGAAAGUUGUUGCAUCUGUAAUGGAGAAACAGGCCUCUAAAAAUAUUCCUCUAAAGAAGCCAACAUCCUUCUCUAUCACAUCAGUAACUAAGCUAUCACUUAAGCCUGUUUCAAGUUUCAAAGGUGUAAUUCCCAAGAAACCUUCAUCGGGCGGCGUUCCUCCAUCAGGCAGUGUUCCUGCAAAGCAUUCAUCUCUGUCCCAGGGCUCAUCUGUUUCCAAAAAACCAGCUGCAUCUGCCAGUUUGGGUGGAGGACCCAAAAAGAUUUCACUGUCUCCCACUGCCACCACAUCUGGAAAUAGUCAAGGAAAAGCAUCAGCCAACCCUGCCCAAUCACAACCCAACUCUCAGAUUCGGCAAAACAUUCGACGAUCCCUAAAAGAAAUUUUGUGGAAGAGAGUCAAUGAUAGUGAUGACCUGGUGAUGACAGAGAGUGAAGUAGGGAAAAUAGCACUCAAUAUUGAAAAGGAAAUGUUUAAUUUGUUCCAAGUCACAGACAACAGAUACAAGAGUAAAUACCGCAGCAUCAUGUUCAAUCUCAAGGACCCCAAAAACCAGGGACUCUUCCAUCGUGUCCUUCGUGAGGAAAUCUCACUGUCAAAACUAGUGAGAAUGAAACCAGAAGAACUUUUAUCGAAAGAGCUGUCUGUAUGGAAAGAGAAACCAGCUAAAGCAGUAAUAGAGGCAAGAAUCAAAUCUCAUGAGAUCAAGAAAACAGUUGUAAAACGGGAACAUGUGCCAGCUGUAAACAUGGAAGAUUCUCCACCAGUGUCUGAUUCUGAUGAGCAGCAAGAGUCAGCCCGAAGUGCACCAAAUUUAAGUAGUGCUCCUUCUUUAGAUGUGUUUAGCAGUAUGUUGAAGGAUACAACAAGUCAACACCGAGCCCAUCUUUUUGACCUGAAUUGCAAAAUCUGUACAGGUCAGAUUUCAGCGUCUGACGAUGAGGUACCAUCCAAGAAGAUGAAGAUGGCAGCUCCUGUUAAAAAGGUGGAGUCGAAAUCAAAACCAGAAGUGCAGCCAAAAUAUGAAAGUUCUGCGCCAGCCCCAGCAGCAGAGCCUGACAAAGAAGCUGAUUCUGAAAAUGCAAUGGAAAUUGAAGCUGAACCAGUAACAGAGACAGUUUCUCAGUCGGUUGUAGAAAGAACUUACAUUCCUACAACACAGGACUAUAACAAUGUAGAUUCUUCUGUACCUGAAGAGGCUUCUGCUUUUCCUGCCACUUGUGCUGGCCCUGUUGUUACAACUGUAACAGUUUCUGGCAGAGACCCUAGGACAGCAAUGAGCAGCUCCUCUGGUAUUGUGACAUCAGCCCUGCAUUCCAGCCCUGCACCUGACAGAGUUUCAACAGGGGAAACAAAACAGGAAACUUCAAAACCAGUUAUGACUGUCCCCAAAUCAAUAUUAACAAAACCAUCAUCCUCACCAGAUCCAAGAUACUUAGCAGUUCAUCAAUCACCCAAUAUCAAUGUUGCAGAGCCACGCUCACCUCAAGACAGCGACACUUCCCUCUUUCUCUCUCGUCUCAACACCAUUUGGAAAGGAUUUAUUAACAUGCAGAGCGUGGCCAAAUUUGUCACUAAAGCUUAUCCUGUCUCUGGGUGCUUUGAUUAUCUUAGUGAGGAUUUACCAGAUACAAUUCACAUUGGUGGGAGGAUCUUACCGAAGACAGUCUGGGAUUACGUUGGCAAACUCAAAUCUUCACUUUCCAAGGAACUGUGUUUGAUCCGUUUCCAUCCUGCAACAGAAGAAGAAGAAGUUGCCUAUAUCUCUCUCUACUCUUAUUUUAGCAGUCGUGGUCGUUUUGGUGUUGUAGCUAAUACCAACAGACAUAUCAAGGAUCUCUACUUGAUUCCCCUGAGUUCUAAGGACCCAAUUCCUUCCAAACUCUUGCCUUUUGAGGGACCAGGUCUUGAGUCAUCUCGGCCAAAUUUAAUUCUUGGACUGGUUAUCUGUCAGAAAGGGAAGCGUCCUGCCACCGGCAUUGAAGCAGAGAAGAUAGAGGAAAAGCGAAGCAGAAUUCAGGCACACGAGGAAAGCGAAUCCUCCCUGUUCUCCAAAGGGCCACAAGCUGCUUCACAAGAGAAGAAGACCCCCAAAUACACCCUCUACUCAGCAGAUUCCUCUGUAAGUACAACACCACCUGGAUCUCCUCCACCUCCACCUCCGCUUCCUGUUCCAGACACCUCAGCAGUUACACCUUCAGUAUUAAAAAUACUGUCCUCGAUUAAAAGUGGGAGCACAGCUACUGCCACACCACCAGUUUCCACCACUGCUUCUGCAAGUGCUACAGCUACACAGCCUUCAUCCUCAAAAACUGCCACACCUCUGGAGCACAUCCUGCAGACGCUUUUUGGGAAAAAGAAAACUUUUGAGCCUCUUGCGAAAGAUUCUGAAACUGUCCAGUCCUCAAAUCAGGAAGGUCAAGCUGCUGCUGAUGGGGGUGUGUCAGCUGUGCCUCUGUUAGAUCCCAUUGUGCAACAGUUUGGGCAGAUGUCAAAAGACAAAGCUAUAGAAGAGGAGGAGGAUGACAGACCAUAUGAUCCCGAGGAAGAGUAUGGUCCAGAGAAAGCUUUUGAAUUGCAGACCGGGGAAAGUGAAAAACACUACAAUGUGGAAAAGCCUCCUAAUGCAGCAGAACUAGAGGAUGAAGCCUAUGAUCCAGAAGAUGAAACUAUCUUGGAAGAAGCAAAAGUGGCUGUUGAUGAUUUACCUAACAAGAUGUACACAGACGCUAAACCCAGUGCUCCAGAAACACCUGCUUCAUAUGUGUCCGACUUAUCUGCAGCCUCAUCCUUGGUAGAACAGCAGAAAAUGUUGGAAGAAUUAAACAAACAAAUAGAAGAGCAGAAAAGACAACUAGAGGAACAAGAAGAAGCCCUCAGGCAACAAAGAGCAGCUGUUGGUGUUUCAAUGGCUCAUUUUUCAGUGUCUGAUGCUUUAAUGUCACCACCACCAAAAUCUUCCCUAUUAAAGGCCGAAUUAUUCCAUCAGGACCAGCAAGCUACACAAAAAGGAGACGGACCUUCCUCUCUAAAUCAGCAAGCACAAGUUUUAAACCAGGGCUGUGACCCAAGGCAGAACAGAGAUCCUCGACAGGCUAGAAGGAUGGCCACUGAGACUAAUGACAGUGCUGAUGCUCGCAUCAAGCCACAGGUGGCACAGAAUGAGAUCUCCCCAAGAGAAAUUGCUCCGGCAAGUUUUCCAAAUGCUUUGCAGACUCCACUCAGUAAGGAAGAUCAGACUUUAAUUCCUGCCGCUCAGCCUGGUUUCAAUGCUGAUAAUUGGGUUUCAAGUGAAAAGGCUUCUACAGUGUCCCAGAAUGAGGCAUCUACCAGCAGCUUUGAAAACACUGUUCAAGUUAAUCUGGAAACCGUGAGCGUCACAGCUACAGGAGAACCUGCAGCCAAACCUAUGCGUAAAGUGCUGCUUCCAACACCCCCCAGUACAUCUUUUCAGCCUAAUUUCUCCAUAUCAAAUGACAGCCAGUCUUUGCAAGACAUGCAUCAAGUAUCAUGGGCAAAUGAUUCAAAUGAAGUAAUGGGAAGGGAUUCUUUUUCAAACCCAAUGUUUCCUGCUCAGGAAAAUGCAGCUGCUCACUUUGAACCAGACAGGGGGCUUGGAUCAGUGCAAUAUGAUGAACAAAGAAAUCUUCAGUCUCAUCAAUUUGUAGAACAAACUGAAUCUCCAUCACUUCAGAGUGGACCUUCCCCACAACACUUUGAAGAAAGUCAAGCUGGACCUCCAUUUUCUUUGCCUGGGCAGAAAGGAGGGCCUCCACCACAAAUGAUGAUGAAUGCACCUGGAGGACCUCAUGGACCUAAUUUUAGAGGACCGGCACCCCAGUUCUCUGAAGAGCAUGGAUCUCCAAAUAGUGAUGGACAAAGAGGUCCUGCAUCUGGAAGAUUUGGAGGUCAAAAGGGCCCCAUUCCUUCCUUAUUUUCUGCACAGCAUGGACCAUCAUCUCUUUUUGGUGAUAAUAGGGGUCCUGCCCCUUCUUAUCAUGGUGUUCCAAGAGGAAUGUCACCAUCUCAGUUUGAAGAUUGUAGGGAACCUCACAUGGAACAGAGGGAAUUCUCAGAUUCCCAAUAUAAUGAAAUGAUUAGGCCUCCAGGACAGUAUGAAGGACCAGAUCCACCUCAGUUUAUGGGAAACAGAGGCCCUUCACCUUUUCCUUUUGGAGGUCAAAGACGACCCCCACCAGCCCAAUUUAAAGGACAGAGAGGAGGCCCCCAAUUUGGAGGGCCAAGAGGUCCAUCCCCGAGUCAUUUUGGGGGACCAAGAGGGCCUCACGCAAAUCAAUUUGAAGGGCAGAGAGGUCCAGCUCCAAAUCAUAUGCCUGGUCCAAGAGGACUUUUGCCACAGCCAUUUGAAGAACGGAGAGGGAAUUCACCACCCAGAUUUCCCAACCAGAGAGGUCCAGCACCACUUCAGUUUGGAGGACCAAGAGGAGCAGCACCUGGAAUGUUUCCAGAAGAAAACGAUUCUAGAUUUCAUUUUCAAGGUCAGUCCACACAAGGUAUGAAGCCACCCCCAAGACCACUCCUGGACCUUCCAAGCCAUCUAUCAUCCCACAGAAAGGAGAUGUGGGAAGAAGCUGGACCAUCUGCAUCUCUUUCCAAUAUGUCUGGACAAGGACCUGAGUCAGAAGGACAGUGGUCAGCAUCUGACUACCGAGAAGGCAAAAAUCCUGAAUUUAGAGGCCAGACGUUUGAAGGGAGACAGAGAGAGAGGUACGAGGGAGGAAAUAAAGACAAAGGUUUAGAUCAGCCAGAGCCUCAGCAGGCAGACAAUCGACAGGGCAGGCCCUUCGAGGAGAGACGGAGGGACCGAGAACACAGCAGGCCCUGGGAAAGAGAGCGUGGCAGAAACUGGAAUAGAGACCGGGACUGGGAUAGGCACAGAGACAAGGACUGGGAUAAAAGUAGAGACAGAAACCAAAACAAAGACAGAGAGAAGGAUUCAGAGCGGGGUAAAGACUGGGAAAGAAACCGAGACAGGGACCGAGACAGAGCAAGAACCAGAGACAGAGACUCCUACAGAAGACGUGACAGAGAGCGAUCAAGAAGCAGGGACAGAGAUCGCGACAGAGAGAAGGACAGGGACCGGGAUCGAAGCAGGGAAAAGGAGAGAGACCGAGAGAGGGAUCGAGACCGGGACCGAGACAGAGGCAAAGAUCGCAAAGAUCGCAGUAAGAGUAAGGAAACUGGUAAAGAGGUGAAGCCAGAACCACCGAAGGAAACUCAGAAACCAACAGAAACAGAAGCUUCAUCUUCUACUAACCAGUCAUAGAAAUAUGAUUCCUGUUCUAUCUCUCAUAAAUAACACUUCUAUAACCCAGCAAGGACCGAGGCAGCAUCUUCUGUACAUAGUGU